CAUCCAUUGACGUGCCUGUCGCGCCAUCUUUAGAAAACAGGCAGCCAUACACUGAAUGAAACUUAAUUUUUGUCGUUUGUAAGAGCUGUUCGCUGUGUGGGCUGAAAUCCUUGGUUUUCCAGGCGUUUUGAGUGACCAUGGGGAUCAAAGUUCGUCCUCGCUGCUUUCUUGACAUAGGAAUCAGUAAUGUUCUUGUCGGCAGAGUUGUGGUGGAGCUGUUUUCAGACAUCUGUCCAAAAACGUGUGAAAACUUCCGAUGCCUAUGCACUGGUGAAAAAGGCAUUGGCAAAGGUACCCAGAAACCACUGCACUACAAAGGAUGCCUCUUCCAUCGAAUUGUUAAAGACUUCAUGAUUCAAGGAGGAGACUUCAGUGAAGGCAAUGGAAGAGGCGGUGAAUCCAUCUAUGGAGGCUUUUUUGAAGAUGAAAGCUUUGCUGUCAAACACAACAAGGAGUACCUGCUGUCUAUGGCCAAUAGGGGCAAAGAUACAAAUGGAUCUCAGUUUUUCAUAACAACAAAACCUUCACCGCAUCUGGAUGGUGUCCAUGUUGUUUUUGGCCAUGUGAUCUCCGGCCAAGAGGUUGUUCAAACCAUGGAGAACCAGAAAACUGAUCCUAAUAGCAGGCCGUAUGCUGAGGUGAAAGUUUUGAACUGUGGGGAGCUCAUCCCUAAAUCUAAAGCAAAGAAAGUCGGAAAAAAGAAAGAAAAAGCCUCCUCCAGCAGCUCCAGUGACUCCGAGAGCUCUUCAAAGUCGUCCUCUGAUUCUGAAGAGUCUGAGAAAGAAUCCAAGAAGCAGAAAAAGAAGGCAAAAAAACUAAAAAAGAAACAGAAGAUGAAGGAAGAAGACAUAAAAAAGUCAGAACCUGAGAGCGCUGAAGAGAAGGAGCAAGAAGACUUGGUUACAUCUACUGUACGUCCUGAAGAAAUACCACCCAUCCCUGAGAAUCGAUUUCUCAUGAGGAGAAGCCCUCAGCCUGUUCAGAAGUCAGAUGAAGUUAAGGAUCAACGAAGGAAAGAGGACAGGCCAAGAGAGAAUGCUGGAAUAACAUAUAACUCUCAAUCAGCAUAUCACAGACGACUAGUGGUGACGACCCGAUCUGGGCGCAAGAUAAAAGGCAGGGGACCGAGGAGAUAUCGGACUCCAUCACGCUCUCGGUCGAGAUCUAGAGAUCGUUUUCGGCGCAGUGAAACCCCUCCACACUGGCGUCAGGAAAUGCAGCGACAGAGGAUGAGGGCAGUCACAGGAGAGCGCUGGAUUAAGGGAGACAAAGGUGACAUGAACCAGACAAAGGAUGAGGAAAAUAAAGCCCCAAGGAGAGAGAGGAGGCUCUCCAACACAAAACAUGAACACUCAACUGAGGUUAAAAAAGACAAAAACGCUCAGUCUCAUAGGUCUGAAAGUAAAGAAGACUGUGUUGAAAAGGAUGAGAAGCAGAGCAAACACAGAGCAAAGAAAAAAGAUAAGUCUCAAAGUCGCAGUAAAAGCCGAGACAAGAGUAAAAGGUCAAAAAGCAGAGAUAGGGGUAACAAGCAGAAAAGUGAUGAUAGAAGAGGUCGCUCCAGAAGUAAAGAAAGAAAUGUUAAUAAGAAAGAAAAGGAGUCAGAUUCAGAUCACAGUAAAGAUAGAAAUAAGGGUCACGAAUCUGAUAAAAAACCUAAAGAAGACCCAAAAGGAAAAAAUGGUGAGAGAAUUAGGACAAAGUCACUGAGCAAGGAGAGAGCAUCUACAAAAGAUAAGCAGAGAUCCAGCAGCAGAACCAGGGAGAGAGGUGGGCGUGCAGUGUCCAAAGAUAAAGAAGAAAAAAGAGAAAAAGACAAAGAGAGGGGCAGAGAACGCAGCAAGAGUAAAGAAAGACGACACAACAGUGAAAGGGAGAAUAAGCACCAAGGAGCAUCCAGGGAUAAAGAUCGGCGAUCAAGAAGUCCAGACAGGAAUAAGACUAGAGACUCUCACCGAGGCAGGCGCUCCAGAAGCAGAAGUCGUAAGAGAGACCACAGCAAAGACCGAUCAUCUCAUAGAAAAGACAGAGAAGCUGCCAGCCAAAAGAAACGACGCAGCAGCAGCUCUGACAGCGAUAGAGCAGAAAGAAGAAAAAGAAGUCCAUACUCUAAAAGAAGAGCCGAUAGUGCUUCUAAAUCCAAAGACAGAAGAAGUCCAGCCAGACCAGAUAGUACAAAAGGCAAAAAUAAAACUGAUAGCAAGAGGAAUCGGUCAAGCUCUAGCUCCAGCUCUGACAGCGACUAAUAAGUUCUUUAAUUUUUUUGUAAACCCCCUAUUUAUGUAGUAUGCAACACCAGUUUUCCAUCUGCAAAGUUUAUUCACAGCCCUCACUUCUUCCAGAGGUAACACGUACAUAUCUGUCAAACUGUUAACUGUGUUAAACCAACAAGAAACCACAACAGGACUCGAUGGUUAACAGAAUAUAGCUGCACACACCUGCAAAUACAAACUCUGCGGUAUCAAGCAAACUUUAACCCACCUGUAGAUGUGACGGACAAUACACGACCGUUCAAAAGUUUGGGGUCACUUCCCUAAUGAAUCCCAUGGCAAAGUGACCCCAGACUUUUGAACGGUAGUGUAUCUCAGUGUAUUUUUUUUGUCCCCAUAUAUAAAAACUUGUGCAUACUGCUGCUGAGGGGUAGCUGUAAGUCCCAUUUAGACAAAAUGAGUCAUGAUGAACUGCAUCCACAAGUUUGUGAAAGUUCCAGAAAUCUUUUCAUUUUAUGACAACAGGAACUCGUAUUGCAGAUUUUUUGUUUUUUAAUGUUUGAAUUAUGUGAUCAGUUUUAUUUUGCCCAUACAGAAGCCCAGAUGUCUGGCUCUUUUUUUAUUUUUAUGUUUUUUUUUUUAUUUUAUUAAAAUAAAAAAGAAAGUACCUUUUAUCCAUGUCAAUUUUUUUUUUUUUUUUUUUUUUUUUACUGCCUGGAGAAGAUUGAUACUGUGACGCAUGCUUUGACCCUGUCAAUGUUUAUACUCCAUUACUUUUUCCCUACAACAAUCUUAUACUGUAGUCCUGUUAAACUGUUUUUCUUUUGUUUAUUUUUUUCCCUCAAAGAGAAAAUACAAGAUGCAAGCUGUUUGUAUGAACUCAGUUUUGUGCAAAUUGGUCAAAUGAAAUCUGCUGAAGUGUUGAUUGAAUUAUAAAGCUCAGUUUGAUUUGUAUUAGUUUUUAAUAGUAUUUUCAACACUGAGUUCAAAACAUUUAUUUACAGUCAAAAUUACAACAAACAAUGUUAUUAAAGGAAUUUGGAAACUUA